AUGCCGGAUAUUCAAGCUUUCGCGUCUGCCAAUGGCUCAAAUCCGGGGUCUCAUUAUCGGGACCAGCUAUCUCAUCUUUCUCUAGAGGAAAAGGUUUCUCUGCUUUCUGGUGUUAGUUUCACAAGUACUGCUGGGAUAGACCGACUAUCCAUACCCCCAUUAAAGGUCAGUGACUCGAUCAACGGUGUUCGCGGUUCCCAAUCACACCUUGAAGACACCGGUACAGCUUGUUUUCCAAGCUCGACCUGCCUUGCCUCAACAUGGAACACCAGUCUCAUGAGAGAAUUCGGCAAAGAAGUUGCCAUACAAGCCAAAUCGAAAUCGGUCCAAGUGGUGCUUGGCCCCAACAUCAAUCUUCAUCGGGAUCCACGAGCCGGUCGCAAUUUCGAAGCAUUUAGCGAAGAUCCUCUAGUCACCGGCGAAUUGGCUGCUGCCAUCGUCAAUGGAAUCCAGUCUCAGGGUGUGGGUGCAUGCGUGAAGCAUUUCGUCGCCAACGAAAGCGAGACGGUUCGCAGACGGUACAAUGUUGAUGAGUCGGGGGACAGUAGGACCAUGCGGGAAAUCUACCUGCGCACAUUUCAGCACUUGCUGCGUCGGGCAAACCCAGUCGCAAUAAUGACAGCCUAUAAUGCUCUCGAUGGCCAUUUCUGUAGUCAGACUCCUCUGAUAAAGUCAUUACUUCGUGAUGAUUGGAAUUACGAUGGCUGUAUGAUGUCUGAUUGGUAUGGAACGAAGAGUACGGCUGAGGCACUCGACGCUGGCCUUGACCUGGAGAUGCCCGGGCCAUCUGUUUUCCGUGGCUCGAAGCUAAUGGACGCCAUAAAACGCAAAGAUAUCUCCGAAGAAGCCCUGGAUUGCGCGGUGGCGAACGUUCUGACAAUGAUUGAUCGGACCAAUCCCAGUCAUAGCGACAAGGAGGAACAAACUUUGAUUUGCGAUUCAACCAGCGCGAUGGCAUUGAGAGCUGCGUCAGAGGGAAUCGUGCUACUCAAGAAUGACAACAAUAUUCUCCCACUUGACAUGAGUGGCAAUCUGAAGGUAGCUCUUAUUGGAGCUGCUGCUGCCAAUCCAUCUAUUACCGGUGGAGGGAGCGCAUGCGCCAAGCCUCAAUACGUCUAUACUCCGUUGAACUGUUUCCAAGACGCGUGUAACGAUCCUAAGCAGGUUUCCUUUGCGCAUGGUGUCAACGCUCAUUAUGUUGUGCCCCUGAUGCCCGUCAACAUGAUGAAGUCUCGAGAGGGGCUCCCAGGUGUGACUGUGGACUAUUUCUUGGAUGGUUCUGACUCGCCCGUCUAUUCUGAGAAUUCUGAGCAGCCUGUCGUGGUGAUGCUUGGAAGAUUGAAGCCAGGUUUGACUCAAACCGGAUUCCAUUUUAUCAUGGAGACAACCAUCACCGCAAACCAAAGUGGGAAUCACACGUUGGCUGUGCAAGCCACUGGAGAGUUCACAUUGUGUGUAGAUGGAAUCGAGAUACUUUCACGGCCUGCUCCUGUCAUGACAGUCGAAGAUUUUCUGUUUGAACCGAAGAAAUUGGAAAAUGCCAUCGAGUUCUACAUGGAGGCCCACAAACCUUACAAAGUCAAAUUAAGAACUCAUUCUCGUGAUAUUCCUUCGCCCGACGGGGAGAUCUCUCCACAUUCGGCGAAAUUGUGUUUCAUGGAAGAACACAACGAUCGCGUCGCCAUCGCCGAGGCAGUCAACGUCGCUGCUCGCUCGGAUGUCAGCAUUAUUUUCGGGGGUCGCACACACGAACACGAAUCUGAAGGGUUCGACCUCCAGACCCUGAAACUGCCUGAGAGCCAAGUCCGCAUGAUCAAAGCAGUUGCUAGUGUAUCCAAGAAAACAGUCCUUGUCAUGCACUGCGGAAAUCCCAUCGAUGUUUCUGACUUUAUUGAUGACGUUGAUGGGGUUGUGGCAGCACAUUUCCCUGGACAAGAAGGAGCACAAGCCAUCGUCAACAUUAUCACCGGAAAGACAAAUCCUAGCGGAAAAUUGGCUACCACAUGGCCCCUACGGCUGGAUGAGACCUGUGUUCCGUCAUUUGGAAACUUCCCGGCUCAAGACCAUGGUAAUGGGCCGGUCAUUCGAUACCGCGAGGGUUUGCAAAUGGGCUACAGAUCUCCCAACGCCUCGUCUUCUGUCCGUUGGCCCUUCGGAUAUGGCUUAUCAUAUUCUAGCUUUGAGUAUAAAAACCUAGAAGUCCUUUCGUAUGACUCUAUGAACGGUGACAUGCCCCUCAAAAACUCCAGCAAGACGGUUAACAUCGCCGUCGACGUUCAAAAUACAAGCGAAAGGGCUGGGUAUGAGGUGAUUCGGGUUUACAGCCAACCUCCGCUCCAUUCCAUGGUCUGGAGACCUCAGUCUGAGUUGAUUGCAUUCACUAAGGCAUGGCUUGAGCCAAACGAAACUAGACGGGUCGGCCUCUCGGUGUCUCAGCGGGACAUUAGCGGCUAUUGGGAUACCGUGGCUCAAUGCUGGCGGUCUCUCAAUGGCAGUUACACUAUUGCUACGGGGGGGCUGUGCAGCACAUCUGCAAAUAGAGGAUGUGGGAACUUGGAAUGGCCUUUGAAAGCAAUGUAUGAAUACAUCAACCUAUAA